UGCGUGUGCGCGCAGCGCGGCGCCGUCUGCGGCUCCGACGGCCGCUCCUACCCCAGUGUCUGCGCGCUGCGCCUGCGCGCCCGGUACGCGCCCCGCGCGCACCCCGGCCACCUGCACAAGGCGCGCGAUGGCCCCUGCGAAUUUGCCCCCGUGGUUGUCAUUCCACCCCGGAGUGUCCACAAUGUCACUGGGGCACAGGUGUACCUGUCCUGUGAGGUGAGGGCUGUGCCCACCCCUGUUAUCACGUGGAGGAAGGUCACACAGUCUCCUGAGGGGACUCAGGUGCUAGAGGACCUGCCUGGGGACCACGUCAAUGUCGCUGUCCAGGUGCGAGGGGGCCCUUCUGACCACGAGGCCACAGCCUGGAUCUUGAUCAACCCUCUGAGGAAGGAAGAUGAGGGAGUGUACCUGUGCCAUUCAGCGAACGCCGUUGGGGAGGCGCAGUCCCACGGCACGGUGACAGUUCUGGACCUGAGUAAAUACAAAGCCCCCCACUUCCCAGCUCCAGACGACCGCAUGUGAUGGAGCAGUGCACAUGCUCUAAGUCAUUUUCGGGUCUUAGAAACACUGCUGACAGGAUGUUGGAAAAUCAAGUCAUGGAUCCUUUGUUUUCCAUGAAGAGUUGGAGAAACUGUUUGUAGAUGACCCCCUUUGUACGUUUUCACAAAUUAGAUGCAAACUAGAUUCGUAUGCAGAUGUAGUUUUUAGCCGGGCAAGGAUUGGGAAACCAGACUGCAUGUGACUUUUUUAUACUUUUGAAAUGAACUGCUCCGUGAGAAUUCUUUUUUAACUCCCUCCCAGGGAAGGUCACCUGGUGGUGUAUUUGUUCAUUCUAGAGGGGCUGGAACAAGGCCUGUGUCUGCCUUGCGUCUUUACCUCAUUUGUCUGUGACUGACUCGCGAAGCUCUGUGUAAACUUAGUGUGUGUUGUAGGAGGAGGGAGAGAGUUCACCUCCAUCCUCUGCCUGCUCUCUGACUUGCUGUGACCUGGAUAGGCCCCUCCCCAUUCUGGGCCUUUGUCUCUUGACCUGGGAGUAUGGCAUUUGGACUAGAUGUUACUGUGUCACUUAAAGCCCUGCCAUCCCAGAGUAAGACAGCCCUUUGGAAAAAAUACAGGAAGUGUAGUCUUGGCAUUCCUUUUCAGAACAGCUCCAAGCAGCUGCCAUUGCUUCAUUCCAGGGUGGGUGUGGAGCUGGCCGCAGCUCUUCCAUUUCUGCCAUUUUCCCAUGUUUAAGAGAUGGGGUUCUAGAUGGGACACCUUACCAGGCUCAGGAGCCCCUUGGCUGGGUGCUUGGGGACCAAGAUGUCCCUUUGCCAACAAGCCCAGCAUUCUCUAACCAGGUAAGCAGUAGACACCUGGCUUCUGGACAUCAAACUGAAGAAAUGGGGUCAGAUGCUUCUUCCUCUGAGCUGUGAGAUCGGAGUAUGAAUGCAUUUUACUUAGAGAUGUUUUGACCUCACCUAGGAAUUAGGUUUUCUUUCUUUCUGUUCCUUCUUCUGUUUCUUUUAUUUCUUUCC